CUUCCUCCUUCCUCUCGUCCAGCCACCCGGCGCCCGGCCCAGCGGACUGUCGGGCCUCGCCGGCCUCGGGAGGCAGCACGGCUGUUUGGACAGUUAAUCAUGGCAACCAUCGAAGAAAUUGCACAUCAGAUUAUUGAACAACAGAUGGGAGAGAUUGUUACAGAGCAGCAAACUGCACAGAAAAUCCAGAUUGUGACAGCACUUGAUCCUGAUGCCCAGGGCAAGCAAUUCAUCCUGACGAACCACGACAGCACCUCACCCGGCAAGGUCAUCCUGGCCCGGCAGGAUUCCACUCCAGGCAAGGUUUUCCUCACUACUCCAGAUGCAGCAGGCGUCAACCAGCUGUUCUUCACGACUCCUGAUCUGUCCUCGCCACACCUACAGCUCUUGACAGAUAGUCCUUCACAAGACCAGGGACCAAAUAAGGUUUUUGAUCUUUGCGUAGUAUGUGGAGACAAAGCAUCAGGGCGUCAUUAUGGAGCAGUGACUUGUGAAGGCUGCAAAGGAUUUUUUAAAAGAAGCAUCCGAAAAAAUUUAGUGUAUUCAUGUCGUGGAUCAAAGGACUGUAUCAUUAACAAGCACCAUCGAAACCGAUGUCAGUACUGCAGGUUACAGAGAUGUAUCGCCUUUGGAAUGAAACAGGACUCUGUUCAGUGUGAAAGAAAACCUAUUGAAUUAUCUCGGGAAAAAUCUUCCAACUGUGCCGCUUCAACAGAAAAAAUCUACAUCCGCAAAGACCUCCGAAGCCCAUUGGCUGCUACUCCGACCUUCGUGACUGACAGUGAGACUGCAAGGUCAGCAGGGCUGCUGGACCCAGGGCUGCUCAUGAACAUCCAUCCGCCAGGGGUGAAAGCCGAGUCGGCCGUGCUGGUGACGCCAGAGAAGGCUGAAUCAUGUCAGGCAGAUUUAAGUACCUUGGCCAGUGUGGUGACGUCAUUAGCAAACCUCGGAAGGACAAACGAACUCUCUCAGAAUGGAAACGAUGUGUCUGGGGCGGAAAGUCUAACCAAUGGCGACACGACUGUGGGCGAAUGUCACCAAGAACUGCAGACCAGUGGCGACGUCUGCAGGGCAUUUGACACCCUUGCAAAAGCGCUGGAUCCCGGAGAGAGCAGCAGCUGCCCAAGCUCAGGGGAGGGCAUGGAAGGAGGUGGACACCUGCCUGCCGGCGAGCCCAGUGCCAGCUACGUGGAGAAGGAGGGGCCACUUCUCAGCGAUUCUCAUGUAGCUUUCAGGCUCACCAUGCCUUCUCCUACACCCGAGUACCUGAAUGUGCACUACAUCGGGGAGUCUGCCUCCAGGCUGCUGUUCCUGUCAAUGCAUUGGGCACUUUCCAUCCCUUCUUUCCAGGCCCUAGGGCAAGAAAACAGCAUAUUACUGGUGAAAGCUUACUGGAAUGAACUCUUUACUCUUGGUCUGGCCCAGUGCUGGCAAGUGAUGAAUGUAGCGACCAUAUUAGCAACCUUUGUCAACUGUCUCCACAGCAGCCUUCAACAAGAUAAAAUGUCCCCAGAAAGGAGGAAACUUCUGAUGGAGCACAUCUUCAAGCUGCAGGAGUUUUGUAACAGCAUGGUCAAGCUCUGCAUCGAUGGCUACGAGUAUGCCUACCUGAAGGCCAUAGUGCUCUUCAGCCCAGAUCAUCCAGGCCUAGAAAAUAUGGAACAGAUUGAAAAAUUUCAGGAAAAGGCUUAUGUGGAAUUCCAGGAUUACAUAACCAGAACAUAUCCAGAUGACACCUACAGGCUGUCCAGACUGCUGCUCCGGUUGCCAGCCCUGCGGCUGAUGAAUGCCACCAUCACAGAAGAGCUGUUUUUCAAAGGCCUUAUCGGGAAUGUACGGAUCGACAGUGUUAUUCCGCACAUUUUAAAAAUGGAGCCUGCGGACUAUAACUCACAAAUAAUCGGUCACAGCAUUUGAAAGCUGUGCUCACAAUGUAUAAAUUUAUUGUUCCUUCCUGGAACACAAAAGAAUACCAAAUUAAACCCAUUGCUUCAAGGGUAUCUGGAAAUUUUGACUUUAAAAAGUUACCAAAAUCCAAGGUAUUUUUACUUUAGCUUCCUUAAGAAGAACUUUUGAAGUGACGGGACAGUCAGCAAAAGUUAGGUUUCCCUUUAUGUUUCUGUUUUAUAUUAUAAAACAAAUAAAUUAGUCUUUUCCCCUGAAUUGUGUUCUAUUCAUAUUUAACUUUAUUAUGAACUAAUAUACUUACUGGUCAUUAUCCCUAAGGAGAAAUUCCUUGUAUUUUAAUUCUCCAUAAUGUAAUGUUGUAAUCUCCAUGUCAAAGAUUAUUUUAUGCUCAAUGGUAUGAUAAUAUUAGAACUAGAGGAAAUAAUAAUCAAAUAUAUAUUUUUUUGUCUUUGUAAAUUCAUAAUAUUCUUAGCAUAUUUUACUCAUUGCUGGCAAUGAGACGUAGGCUAUUCAUGACUUUUAAUGUUGUGUUUUAUUAGUUAUAAGCACUUUUUAUUUAGGCAGCAGAAAACUGGUUUUGAGAAUACAACAGAGUUUAUUUGUUAGUAUUUUUUGUGUUUACUGCUGUGUAUUAGUUAAAUAUGGUAGCUUCUAAGCCCAAAAUAUUUCACUUCUUCAAAAUGGGUACUAAAAUGGUUGCUCUUGUAUAUCCCCCGGAAGCACCCGAACUUCUCUUCUGCUCAUACCUGUGCUGUAGCUUCCUCACUCUUCCUUGUUCCUUGGGGUUUAGCUGGUUCCUUUCAGGUCAUUGGAGGAGCUGGUCCAGGUUGUUCAAUAAUAGACAUGUCAUAGCCAGUUUGUGUUUUCAGAAAUAUGUAUGGGUUGAACAUUUUCAAGCAGUUGAUAGUUUUUGAAGGAACAUGUGUGAUUCUUUCAUUACAAAGCAGCAGUCUGAAGGCUCAGCCUGAAGCCAUGUUGCCUCCACAAGGAAAGCAUUUUCUGUGUUGUUCUUUUUGGUUUUGGGGACAGGAUCUUGCUUUGUAGUUCAGGCUGGUCUGGAGCACACCUAUGUUGCAGCCAUGAACGUGUGACGAUCCUCCUGUCUCAGGCUCUCCAUGCUGGAUUAGUAGGCGUACUGCACCACACCCACAAAAGCAUUUUAUCCUUGGAGUCCCCCACAGCAGUGUUACCAGCAAAUCCAUCACUGUUUGGUGUUUCUUUGCUCUGAUUUCAUGGUGAGUUCUUUUGGUAUUGGUACCUGUUGAUUUUCAAAACACAGGAAGAGUUUAUUGACUCUAUAAUGACUACAUUUUUAAUAAAGACUUUUGUAGUAGAACAGUGUGGAUUUUACUGAUGACUACUUUAUAGUCAUUUUUUAAAGUAUCAACAUUUUUUAAAAGUAUCAGUUUAGUCUCCAACAACUUUUUAAGUAAACCUUUCUCAGUUUAAAUCAUGAUUUUUGUCAACAGCUUUAUUUAUAAUUCUCAGCUGGAGAAAACUACACUUAGUAUAGGACAUUCAAAUGAAAAAGUCAGGGUUAUGCCUUUGUAAACCAAGACUUCAGAAAAAUCCCUUAAUGUACUAAUGGCUAAUUAAGAUAUUUCUUUUAGGUAUUUUUUUUCCUGGUUAAGUCUGUAGUUAUAUAUGGAAGUGUUAAACUAUAUUAA